CCAUUUCUUCUUCCCCGUAGCAAAAUCUGAAGAAUUUUCAUUUCAACCUUUGAUUCAGACCAGACCUGAUUAUGUCCCCAAACCCCACCAACAAAAGCUGCCCGCAGCCCCAAAAUUCUUCCUUCAUUCAAAAAUUAUUCCAAAUUCUCCCAUUACAUAUUUUGCAACAACAAAUUAAAUUAAAUUAAAAAAGCCGACGCCCCACUUCACUGUUCGCACCCCAAAUUCGAUUUAAUAAACAAUCAUUAUUCGUUCCAUUUGCUCCUCCAUCAAUCGCUAUAUAUAAAGCUCUCGCCGGCUUACCUCAAAACUUUAAUCUUUAUUACACUUUCCGCCAUUUCUCAAUUCAGUCGAAGAAAUUAGAAGAAGAAUUAAUGGAGGAAAUUCGUUGGGGAGACGACGACGAAGAAGAAGCACUGUCCCUCAGCGAUCUCCCACUUCUGAUUCAGAAAAAGGACACUGUCGACGAAUACGAGGAAGAACACGUACGAGGAGAGGGAAAGAAACAGAUCAUUCAGGAGGAUUUCGACUUCGAUUUCUGCUCAUUUUCCAAAACCUCAGAAAUGUGUACGGCCGACGAGGUUUUCUUCCAGGGCCAGAUUCUGCCGCUGCGCCGUCGCCAUUCUGUAAGCUCCGAGGAAGGAGGAUCUUUGUUGUCACAGAACCGCCCGGUCCGCCCGGUUUUCCGGUCGGAAUCGAUGGACCGGUUUUACUCCGGCGGGUUGAUCUCCAGCCGGAGUAGCAGCAUUAGUAGCAGCCACCAGUCGUCGUCCUCCAGCGGGGGCAGCUGGAGCUCCGUUUCCAAACCGGGUCACAAAUUCAAGCCGCGGGUCAACCAAUUCCACUCACUACCCAGCCCGUCGCCCCGGAUUCGAUUACCCGGUCACAAACAGGGUAACCCGAUUACACCCCACCGGACGUCCACCAAAAAAUCGUCGACGGUCUGGAAUGUUCUCCGGCUCGGGCUCGUCGGGCCCCCGCCGGAGCUCGCGCUCCAGGACCUCAAGACCCGGUGCCCCAGCAACAUCGGCGCGAACCGGUUCGGGAGCCGCCACAGCACCAGCAGCAGCGGCGGCGGGAGCUCCGUCGCCGCCGGCCGGAGGAAAGUCAGGGCUUUAAUUUCCAGCGGGUGUCGCUGCUCGUCGGACGCGGUGGCUACGGCACCAAUUCCUUCGAGAACUGUAAUAAUUAGGAGGAGCGCGAGCGAGGGCGGCGCCGGCGAGACGGUGUCGCUCCGCCGCCGCAGCCACCAUCGGGAAAGCUCGCCGGAGAGAAUUGCGGCGACGAAGAAACAGCUGUCACAUCAUCGAACGUUUGAAUGGAUAAAGCAGCUUUCUCUGGAAGGCGCACCCGACGCCAUUGAUGAUGACGAUGAAGCGUAAAGCUAAGCAGAGUGUGCCCACGCGCGUGCUUCUCUUUUUGUUUCUUUGUCUUUUAUUUAUUAAUAUAUAUAUAUAUAUAUAUAUGCUGUUUAGUUUUAAUUUUUUAUUAAUAAUUCAUCUUAUGGUGAAGUUUAAUAGAUUUUUAAUUACCUUUGAUAACGUGCGCCCUUCCCCUUUUGACUGCGC